UAAUGAUGAGAGAUAAAAACUUCAGAGUGAAAAAAGAAAGAAACAAAAAAGGGUCACUUUUUCUACUAAUUUGUCUGCUAGCGUGUGGUGCGAAUGUUGGAAGCAUGGAAGCAAAGCAAAGGCCGAGAAUGGCGGCAACCCAUAACUCAAUCAUAAAUCCCACAUCAACCCCAUCACCCUUUCUCCAUUACAACACCUGGCACUAGAGGGAUACCAUCUGUUAUUAUUAUCUUCACUAUUACUGUUAGAUAAAUAGACAUUGCCAUAAGCAGCACUUUCCUCCCCUUACCUGAAAAGUUUGCUUUGUGAUUCUUUUUUUCCAUUUGAGCUAAGUGGGUGGUUUAAUUUAAUUUACUUAUUACUUGUAGUAUGAGUUAUGGGUGAAUUAUUUGGCGUUGGGAAAAGAAGGGACAUCAUCAGCAACAACAACAGUGCUAGUAGUAGCGUUCUUGGGUUGGAUGUGAAGGUGCAGAGCCCUGAAGUAUUAUUCCAUAAUAGGAUGACCAUGAUGGGGCAUCAUAAUCAUCACCUCCAUCCAUUGUCAUCCCCCUUUGAUAAUAAUAACGAUAUUUCCUGUGCUGCUGGUGAUGGCGAUGGUGAUGGUCCCACGACUUACAUGUCUCUCACUAAUCAUAUAAACCUUGUUAGUGGUGCUUCUGUUCUUGGUCCUGCUAUUGAUGGUGGCUGUGGUGCUGCUCCUGCUGCACCUGUAAGAACUUUGCAGCCUUUUCAAAUUUCUUCUUAUACUUCUCCCACCACCACUACCACAGCCUUCGAACCCUUUUCAGGUGUGAUGGCGGCUUCAUUGGGGUUUCCCUUCACAAGUGCACAAUGGAGGGAGCUUGAAAGGCAGGCUAUGAUAUACAAGUACAUGAUGGCUUCAGUUCCUGUUCCACCUGAUCUCCUCAUUCCUACUUCACUCACAUCCUCUUCUCGCUCUUCCUGCAUGGAUGGUGGUUUCAAUCUGAGGUUGGCAAAUAGCACUGACCCUGAGCCAGGUAGGUGCAGAAGAACAGAUGGAAAAAAAUGGAGAUGUUCAAGAGACGUGGCUCCUAACCACAAGUACUGCGAGCGCCAUAUGCAUAGAGGCCGUCCCCGUUCAAGAAAGCCUGUGGAAGUUAACACCAACACCACUCCCACUAGCAUCAACAACAACAAUAACAACCACCAAAUCAAAAGGGCUCGCCAUGAGUGUAAUAAUCCCUUUGCUACACCUGAUGUUGCUGUGGCUAUUUCCAAUCCCACUUCCAGAAAAGGUGAAUCUUCAUCCCAUUUUCUUGGGUCUACUACCACUCAGCCAUACCUUAAAUCUCCCCUCUGUCUUGCUAACUUCGGUCUCAAAGCUGCGAGUUUUGACUCCGUGGCUUCUGUUUCUGCAAAUAAGGAACCCAGGGGUUUGGAGUGGAUGCUGAAUGGAGAUCCUAUUUCCCUGGAUGCUUCUAACUCCCAAUGGCAGUCUCUGAUGCAUAAUAAAGUUGGAAUGAGCAGUGUUAGUUCCUGUAAUACCACCGAGUCUCAGUAUCUGAAUUCAUUUGCACUAUAUAGCUCUGGACUGGAACAACAGAACAGACGCCAUCCUUUGUUCCUGAAUCCUCUUCUUGUUCCCAUGAAAAAUCUCCAACCAGAGAAACCAAGGGGUUUCAUUGAUGCUUGGUCUAAUGCAGAAACAGCUCAAAGCAAUGCCAACACCAACAACAAGAACUCUGCUGCAUCAAUUGGUAAAUUAUCCCUCUCUUCUCUUGAUCUAUCAAUGGGGGGUGGUGCUGUGAGUGAAGAUGUUGAUAAUGUUAACAUGGGUUUGGGACUAAUGGAGACUUAUGGAAAAACACACACUGAUACUAAAAUCUCUCUCUCAAAUUGGCACAACCCGGCACCUUGGGUGGCUUCAAGUUCAACACUUGGGGGUCCUCUAGCUGAAGUUCUAAGGUCAAGCACAGUCACUGCCACGACCAAUGAAGCAACCUCCAACGCAACCUCAUCACCAGCCACCACUACACAUGCUGAAUCUAACAGCCCUCUGGGAACAAUGGUGUCAUCUCCAUCCGGGGUGUUGCAGAAAACCCUUAUUUCAUUGUCUGAUAGCAGUAACAAUAGCAGCCCUACGGUUGCAUCAUCAAGGGCCAAUUCUGAGAUGGCCUUCCUCAGGUUUCAAUAAAAUUAAUCUUUAAAUUCUAGCUUCAUGGAAACGUCAUGAUGUUACUUACCUCUACCACCGAGUGUACUGAAUGAAUGCCAUUGGGUUAGAUUGUUGUUGUGGGGUCCUGGGUUCAUGACCCAAAUUGUCGGAAAAGACAUAGAUCUAACUUUGACUAUGUCAACCAUGCAGUACAUCUUUAGAGUUCUCUCUCCCCAAAAUAUCAAGCACUUUUAACAUUUUUCUA